ACCUUAAAUUAAGACCAAAAAGCACAUUUUUUUUUUCAUUCAUUUUUACGAUAUAGCCUUUUUGACUCUGUGGAUGUGAUAUCUAGUGUAAACCACUGCCUUGAGUAUCAUCUUUUUCCAGCUUCGCAUCUGCCUGUCAAAGAACGAGGCGGCCACUCGGCACUUGAUGACAUUUCUCAUGCAAUUGUUGCAGUAAUAUGCCCUCUAAAUUAUAAGUGGCAGGAAAAAAGGACUCUUCUUCACUCAACAUAAAGCUAAGGACCUGAUAGCCACUGCUGUGCACCAUGUUGUCUAGACUGAGGGCGUCACUGAUGCUGCGGCCAUGUGUGAACGCCUGCCGCUGGACACACACCAAAGAGAAGGGCAAGCCUCUCAUGUUGAACCCCCGCACCAACAAGGGCAUGGCCUUCUCACUGCAGGAGAGGCAGAUCCUGGGCCUCCAGGGUCUUCUGCCCCCCAAGAUAGAGUCCCAGGACAUCCAGGCCAUGCGCUUCCAGAGGAACCUGAAGAAGAUGACAGAGCCACUGGAGAAGUACAUUUACCUGAUGGGGAUCCAGGAGAGGAACGAGAAGCUCUUCUACCGCGUGCUGAUGGAGGACAUCGAGGAGCUGAUGCCAAUCGUUUACACUCCCACUGUGGGCCUGGCCUGUACACAGUACGGACACAUCUUCAGGAGACCCAAAGGCCUGUUCAUAUCCAUCUUGGAUCGAGGACACAUUCGCUCCAUAUUGGACAACUGGCCAGAGACCAAUGUGGCGGCGGUGGUGGUGACAGACGGAGAGCGUAUCCUGGGCCUGGGGGACCUGGGGGUGUUUGGGAUGGGCAUCCCCGUUGGGAAACUGUGUCUGUACACCGCCUGCGCUGGGAUCAGGCCCGAGAGGUGCCUUCCUGUGGUCAUCGAUGUGGGAACUGACAACGAGACACUUCUGAAGGACCCAUUCUACAUGGGUUUGUACCAGAAGCGGGAUCGCUCCCAGCUCUACGAUGACCUGAUCGAUGAGUUCAUGGAGGCUGUGGUGGAGAAGUACGGCCAGGACACCCUGAUCCAGUUUGAAGACUUUGGGAAUCACAAUGCAUUCCGCUUGAUGAGGAAAUACCGCGAGAAGUACUGCACCUUUAACGAUGACAUCCAAGGAACUGCAGCGGUUGCCCUGGCAGGGCUGUUAGCAGCUCAGAGGGCCAUUGGGAAACCCAUCACUGAACACAAGGUCCUGUUCUGCGGAGCAGGGGAGGCUGCCCUGGGUAUCGCCAACCUGAUUACCAUGUCGAUGGUGGAGAAGGGUUUGACCCAGGACGAAGCCAGGAAAAAGAUCUGGAUGUUUGACAAGGACGGCCUACUGGUCAAGGGCCGAGCGCAGGAGACAGACAGCAACCAGGAGGCUUUUGUGCAUGAAAGCCCCGGAGAUGUGCAGAGCUUCUUAGAUGCAGUCAACGUCAUCCAACCAACAGCCAUUAUCGGUGUGUCCGGGGCUGGACGCCUCUUUACCCACGACGUCCUCAAAAAGAUGGGCACCCUAAAUAAACGGCCAAUUAUAUUCGCCUUGAGCAACCCCACCAACAAGGCCGAGUGCACGGCUGAAGAUGCUUAUACCCUCACGGAUGGCCGAUGCCUGUUUGCCAGUGGAAGUCCAUUUGACACGGUGACUCUGGCUGACGGACGUGUGUUCACACCUGGACAAGGGAACAAUGCUUAUAUAUUCCCAGGUGUAGCCCUGGCUGUGAUCCUCAGUGGUGUGAGACACAUCAGUGACACGGUCUUCCUGGAGGCUGCCAAGACCCUGGCAGACCAGUUGACUGACGAGGAGCUGGCGGAGGGGAGGCUGUACCCGCCACUGUCCAACAUCCGAGAGGUCUCUAUCCAGAUGGCAGUCAAGGUGGUCCGGUUUGUGUACGCCAACAACAUGGCCUUCCGGUACCCAGAGCCCAAGGACAAGGACACCUUUGUCAGGUCAACUGUAUGGGACAUCAACUACGACUCCUUCCUCCCUGACAUCUAUGAGUGGAAAGGGAUGAAACCCGCACCUGAUCAGUAGAGAGUCUUGGGUGUGGAAGGGAAGGUGGGCGGGCGGCCAUUAAAGAGGGAAUGGUUAAACUGGGGUGAUGGGGAAAAUGAGGAGGAGGAGGGCAGGUGGGGAGGACAGUGAAAUGAGGUUAUUUGUUUAAUCCACGCCUAGGGCAGGGCUAUUGACAACUUUUAUGCUCGAGGGCCACAUCGGGAUUUCAAAAUUCAACAGAGGGCAGCACAGAUAUUUUUUGACCGAUUUUGUUUGUCAAAAUUAAUUGGAGGGCCAGAAGAAUUUAUAUCUAGUUUUAGUCGUUCAUGAGUGGCCUGGAGUUUUAUUUUUUUACCCCCCCAAAAAACAUUUUUUUUACUCAAACCUCCUACGGCCCAUAGUUUGCCCACCCCUGCACUAGAGUAACCAGAAUCUGCUCUGUCUCAAGGCUUUUACACUCCUAUUUAUUUCUCUGAAUUUGGCACCUACUCUUCAUUUGACUUGUUUUUGUUUUGAUAUCAGACAUUGCCAUUGAUCAGUUUCCACAUGAAAACCCUCCAGAAGUGGGGUUUGUGUUAGUCAGCAUGCUGCUAGCUAAACGGAAGGAUUCCAACAUAUAAUAUCACUCCAAGCUCUGGAGACCUUGCUUGAAUUACUUCAUGAAAGUUAUGCAAAAAUAUAAGUAAAAUAGUAUGUAACUCAGUGAUAGGUUAUAGGCUUUAAAAAACAAAACAAAUGUGCAAAUAUGCAUAUCCCCAUAAUAAUAAUAUAAUAAUAUACAGUGUAUGUAUAUUGUGUUGACAUUCAGUCAUUUAGGGUUGGGGUCAAUUCUAUUUUAAUUCUAGACAAUUCAGGAAGUGCACUGAAAUUCCAAUUCUCUUAAAUGCUUUUCAAUGAGGAACAUUUUGAAUUGGAAUUUGGUCUGCAAAUGCAGGGUUGGGGUCAAUUCAGAAAGUAAACGCUCUUAUCCAAAACGACUUGCACUGAACUUAUGCACUUGUUAGACAGUUGACAGAGCCUGGCUCUUUUGUAGAGAGUAAGUUCACAUGUGGGUGUCAAAUGUCCCCUAGCUCUGAUUAUAUUUAACUUGAAGAUGGACAGUGACAGUUGUGAACUAGAUCAAUAUGUUUUUGUCAAUAAUCCUGGGGUGUAUUCAUUAGUCGGAUUCCGUUGUAAAAAGUUUGGUCUAUUGCAAAACGUUUUGCAACGAAAAUUAGUUUCUAUUGGACAUGUGUUCCGUUUGGUUCCUAGAAUAAACAGUUUCCGUUGCAAAACAUUUCACAAAAGACCAAUGAAUAUACCCCAGAUCAUAUCGCCAUGAGUUUCUCCCAGACUAAAGACCAGGCAUAGGGAACCAGUCAUAUUCCAUUGACAUAUGCAUUUCAAGGGUUGGGGCUAAUUUACAGUAUAGAGAGAAGGAUGCUGCAAUAAGCACCAUAUCCAAAUAGACCAAUGUUAGGAUAAGCUCCAUUGUCAGAAAACAUAGAAAUAAGUUACAUUACUAUAAUGCUCUUCACAGUCAGUUUUGUAUUGGCAGCAUAUGGUUUACAAGCAUUAAAAACAAAUGUUUUACUGAUUUAUACGUUUUAGUCACAUUUUACACACAUAACUAUUCAUUCACUUUGUGAGUAAUUGGAAAUAAGCAAAAAGAUAAGCUGGAUAGAAAACCAGCGUAAGGCAGCUGAAGUUAAGAUACACAGGUCCUAGAUUUGUGAGACCGUUUAGCUAAGGAUGAUUGGCUGGCUUUUAUCCAUCUGCACUGGAGUGCAUGCUAAGGCGAAAUGAGUCCAUUUUAUACACAUCUCUCACUUCUCACCGCAGACGUAGCCCAAGAACAAUGGAUUGUAUAGGAACACAAUAGUUGAAGAAAAAUAUAUAUUCAAAUCGGCUUACGGUUUCUGUAUUCUUUUUCUGCAUAUCCCACGGGCUAAUUUAUAUAUCUUGUACUAUUUUACAGUCCUCUUGUUGUAGUUGAUCAAACUAGUUUGAUGAGAUGCCAUUCACAAAUGUACUAUCUUGUACCCUUGAAUUUAGAUCGGACCAUUAAAUGACAGUCAGUCUCAUUCAAUGAUUAUGUUGGCCCAUAAUUCUGUAACAUUGGUCUCCCAUUCAGAGAAUUGCUGUGCUGUAUCGUGCAAGUUCUAUCUGGUGAUUUGUCUUGUUGUUCCCUUUUCAUUGAUUUACUGUAAGUGGCCUGGUAAAAGUGUUCAAUCCCCCAUGGUCAUUCCUCUUCCAAUGUCUUUGAUGUGUGCAUACAUGUAUGUGUUUCUGGAGUUUAUUUUUGUUACGCAGUAUGGCCUUAGCGAACGAACGCACAAAGCGGAAAAAGCGCUCCUCCAGACCCCUAUGUGUGCUGUUAUAUGUGCAGAAUUAAAAUUAGUUUUACACUUGC